AUGAGUAACAGCAGCCAUGGCUGGUCUCUUGUGCUGCCCCCCACAAGCUUCGGCAAUGUGUUGAUGUUUCUCUUCAGUAUUUUCCUGGCUGCAACCAUCAUUUUGCUCAACAUGUCUGUGUCUCUCUCCAUAUUGCUGAACGGGGCGCUGCGCAGCGAGAACCGCUUCAUGUACAUGCUGAGCACCUGCCUCAGUGACAUCUGCACCGGCGUGUCUUAUUAUUACGUUGGUGUUCUCGAUGUGAGGGAUUUCUUCGACUCCCCUACGAGAACCUUUUACAUCGCACCCACAUUUUUAGGUCUGUCGUACAUGGCCAUCCUGGCCGCGCAGGCCGACAGGUACCACGCGGUGGUGUCACCUUUUAAAUACUCCCACCGCAUGACCCGAAACAGAACCCUGGCGGUCAUCUUUGCCUACUGGGUCUAUGCGUUCUUCAUCGUGGCUGUGAACAACCUGGUCACAGUCGGUGUAGCCAAACAGAUCACGAGCAUUGGCACGUUUGUGGGGAACAUAUUCACAUUGAUUAUAAUGAUAGGGCUGAAUAUUAGACUGUUCAUCAUAGCCAGGUUCCAGCUGGAGAGGGAGCCGCCCUCUGAGGAGAGAGAGAGCAAGCGCUCAUCGGUCUAUCUCAUAUUAGUGGUGGCUGCGUUUUUCUUAGGGACCUGGCUUCCUAUAUUCUUUCACGUUAUAGCCUGUAACUUCUUUGGUUUAACGUGUUACACCUUUAAGAAUGAAGGCACUGACCCUCUUCGCAUUUUGCCCCGAGUUAACGCCGCCCUGACCCCCAUUCUGUACAUCAGAGGGUGCAGUGCGCUCAGAGCGACGCUGUUCACCAAAGUGUGGAGACCCUGCUGUAGGAGGAGCGUGUAUCCUGGACGACUUCGCCCCGUUAAUUAUCCAGUCCGCGCGGCUUAAUUUAAAAGUUGGAUCAUUUCCAAGUGGAUUGCUGUCAAAGUUAAUGUUUUGAAAUACAUGCCAAAGCAACCAAAGUGAUCAGAGACCGGUGGGGAAGCACGCCAGCGGUGAAACUCUGAGAACAUUGUUCAGGCUUGGGGCUUCCUGGGAGAUGCUGGAAAUUUUGUUGUUACU